AUGGGGUGAUUUGGGAUGCCCAGGGCGGUGCAGGUGACAGGGUCGGUCCCAGGGACACCCAGGCUGGCUCGGGGCACAGCGGGGGGGUGGCCGUGCCCCCACAGCCACGUCCCCGUGCCCGGCAGGGGAGCCCGAGUUCCGCUACGUGGCCGGGAUGCACGGGAACGAGGUGCUGGGCCGGGAGCUGCUGCUCAACCUCAUGGAAUACCUGUGCCGGGAAUUCCGGAGGGGCAACCCCCGCGUGGUGCAGCUGGUCACGGACACCCGGAUCCACCUGCUGCCCUCCAUGAACCCCGACGGAUACGAGACCGCCUACGAGCUGGGCUCGGAGCUGGCGGGCUGGGCCAUGGGCCGCUGGACCUACGAGGGCAUCGACCUCAACCACAACUUCGCCGACCUGAACACGGCGCUGUGGGACGCCGAGGACAACGACCUGGUGCCGCACGAGUUCCCCAACCACUACAUCCCCAUCCCCGAGUACUACACCCUGGCCAACGCCACGGUGAGCCCCCGAGACCCCCCAGGCUGUGCCAACACCACGAUGGGCCCCCUGAAACCUCCCAGUCUGUGCCAAUGCCACG